UAAUUCUUCAAGGUGUUUUUCUUUCCCUCUUUCCCCUCCGAGAGGAACCCGUGUGAGGAGUCAGGAACGCCUUCCCAACAUCUUUCACUGCUCUGAAGGUCAUUCCAAUAAUGGCGUUUUCUAACGGGCAUGUAAAAAAUCUGGAUUUCGUCCUCCUCCUCCUCCUCCUCCUCCUCCUCUAAGACUCUGGAGAAAAACAAAAGCACCCAAGAUGCGAAAAAUCCAAACCAUCUUGCUGCUGUUGUGUUUGCACAAGGUCACAUGCAGGCGUCUGCAGAUUCCCGAGCUGGGAAUUAUGGACUGGGGAGAGAGUGAUAAUGAGGCCAACGAUUCUCCCAAAGGGCCAAGCAGUCGCAUGCCAAACCCUCUGCGCUUGUUCUCUAGAGGAUAUCGUGCUCUCAAGAGCAGCAUGAGACAGAUGACAUAUUUGGAAAAAAUGGAGGACUCGUGGGACUGGUUAUCUAACCAGACAGCUGUUGGGGAGGCGCAAAGCAGGACUAAACGCAGACCCAUCGUGAAGACGGGAAAGUUCAAGAAAAUGUUCGGCUGGGGAGAUUUCAACUCCAACAUCAAGACAGUCAAGCUGAACCUCCUGAUCACGGGGAAGAUAGUGGACCACGGGAACGGGACGUUCAGCGUCUACUUCCGGCACAACUCCACCGGUUUAGGGAACGUCUCGGUGAGUCUGGUACCGCCGUCCAAAGUGGUGGAGUUUGAAAUGGCGCAACAGAACACAGUGGAAACCAAGGACGCUAAAUCCUUUAACUGUCGAGUCGAGUACGAAAAAACGGACCGGAACAAAAAAUCCGGGAUGUGCGGCUUCGACGUCUCGAAAACGUGCUACCAGGAGCAGACGCAGAGCCACGUCUCGUGGCUGUGUUCCAAACCGUUUAAGGUCAUAUGCAUCUACAUCUCUUUUUACAGCAUCGACUAUAAACUGGUGCAGAAAAUCUGUCCUGAUUAUAAUUACCACAGUGACACACCAUACGCCUCCACGGGAUAAUCUCACCACCUGAACUUGACUCAAACCAACCUGGGCCAAAUAUGCAGCCCAAACCAGGCCCAUUACUCACCAACCCAACCAUCUCCUAAACCCACUGCUACAUCUCCUCCAUAGGAAAAGCUCUCACCGCGAACGUGGCCUGAACUCUAGGCCCAAAUCUAUCACAACUUCGGCUUAAAAUCUGUCUCAAUCUCGUGGGUCGACUCGCUCUGACCUGGGAUCGAAAUCCUGGCCGAAACCAACGGACCAAACUUGUCCCAAACUCACAAGCUAACUUGCUCCCAAAAUCCUGGCCCAAAUUAUUUAUCUAUCUCAGAGACCAAACUCUGAGAUGCAUAAACAUGGAAGGACUCCGCACUCCUAACCUUGGCCUAAAAUGUCUUUCAGCCCAAACUCACAAGCAGGGCACUAUAUCACAACUUGACCAAACUUGGCUCGGACUCACAGGCUGACUCGUUCCCGACCUUGGUUCAUGAACCCAUCCCAAACGUUACGCUUCUCAGAGACUACAUUUGGCUCAAACACAUAGGCUGAGUCUCUAUUUAAGUAUCUCAGAAACCAAAUUCAGCCUCUCAUAGUUUCUCCCAGAUUUGGCCCAGACUGACUCACCCUGCAGCACCGAGCUCCGCAUCUACACCACAUGUUCUGCGUAUAUCGGGCACAAUUAAAAACCAGUCCAGAUGUUUCCACAUCAGGCAAGACCAGUAGCAUGUGCUUUGGACAAACGUCUGCUUUUCAUACGAGUGAAAUGGUGAGCUCUAAUUAAGAGAGAAUCCAGUUCAAGGUUUGUUGAUAUCGACGGCGUCACGUGCCACACCGGACAAACCGCCGUUGCUUGAGGAUGAAGUCCGACUGGCGUUUGCUCGGACAAUAAAGAGCAGCUACCGAGGACCAAACAGACACGGAAAACAAGUAGAAGUUUUUUGGUGUGUAUGUGUCUGUGUGCAAGUGUGUUAACCCCAUCAGUAAUUCUGCUCAUCGUAGUAACGUCGUAAAUCACAGAGAACACGUGAUGUUGUCGGCAAAGUUGCCAGGAUUAGUAUUGUGAUCUGGUGAAAUCAUCUUUCAGGGGAAAAGAAAAAGUAAAAACGAAACUCCAGGUUGUCCCACGAGAGCUCUAUUCAUCGGACAGGUGGGUUUAGUGAAUCUGGCAGCCAAUUAACGACACUUUGUCAUGGUCUUGCCACAGUGCUCCACGUUUCCAGGCUUUAAUUAUCAUUAAUUACAGUGGGAAAUUUCAGUUGCACACACACUAAAUGAAGGGACUGAAGCCAAAAAAAUGAAAUUUAACCCGUCAGUCACGCCAGCAGUCUCGGAGAAAACCAACCACCGGGCAUACAUUUAGUUAUCGGGAUUUAUUUUAAGUAGUUAUCCCGAACAAACGUUAUUGAUCUGUUAACGUAUCAUUAUGUGGCCGUGGCCAAAAAUUUACACCACAACAGCGUAACAUCACCACAUAACAAUUCAGUUUAAUUUACACCAGGAAACAAAAUCGGUUUAUGAUUUACGAAUCCUUAAAGUUUUAGAAACGUUCAAGUAUCGUAAAGCGCUAGUAUGCUAGUAAGUUUCCCAAAUCGUGAUUAUCAUAAUAUAUCGUCUGGACCUUGUUUUUAUUUUUAUUGUGAUAAUGAGUACUGAAACAGUCAAACAGUCUACACAACAUAAUUUGGAUCCUUGGGUUAAAAAAAUAAAAUAAAUAAAUAAUAAUAAUAAAAAAAAAAAAACUAUUUACAACCCUUAAUCCAAAAAUAUUCCAAGCUGAAAUUGUUCCCGAUUCCCAAUGUGCGUUUUUAGUGAGUUAACUAUAACAAAACUGUACUUUUGUUUGCCUUGUAUUGAAAUUUCUAUUCCUUCUCCUAGCAUAGAUAUAAAACAGAUACUUACCCGAUUUUUAUUGUGGACUGUAAAUGGACAUUGAGUCGUUUCGUUUCCUCUGACUGCAGUAUGAUUUCUCAACGUUUCCUCCUGUACUGUCUGCUUUCUCUGUAGAAUAACACCGAAAGGAAAAAACAAAGUCAUCGAUGUUCGUGUAGAAGCUACCGGUAACACUAAACCACAUCAAAUCUGUAUGUGUUGUCUUUGCUUUUAAUACGUUAGCAUUAUUCAGAUCCCGAUGCCAAACUUUUUGAAAGGACAGCGAUCAUGAGUGCAUUCAGACUUCAGGAGGAGGAGGAGGAUGAUGAUGAUGAUGAUGAUGGAUGACGAUUCACUCCACAGCUCCUCAAUGAGCGAAAGAAAAUAAAAUCUUCCUCUGUGUGCACACUCGUGUUAGUCGCUUUUUUCUCCUCGAUCUCAGACUGACUUAGCGACGCUCGGACCCGGAUGUCAGGUCAUUUCCCAUCAACUUCGUGCUCAUAUAAGGCAGGAUAGAAAACCGUGUGUUUAAAAAUGACACUUUAUUUACAUAAAUUUUUUGUUGUUGUUGUUGUUUUGUAUUGUUACAUAACGUGCGAGAGAAUUCACUUUCCAACACGAAAAAACAAAAAAAUAAUUGUAUUGGCUGUUCUUUUGAAACACAUUUCUGUUGAAUCCUGGAUUCGGACGACUGGUCAGAAGGUGUUGAGU